AUGGUAGGGAUGCUGCCAACUGCCGUUCUGCUGGCCGUGGCAGUGUCUGUGGUUGCCAAAGAUAACGCCACGUGUGAUGCCCCCUGUGGGUUACGGUUCAGGCAGAACCCACCGGGAAGUGGCCGUAUCGUCAGAGGGCAGGAUGCAACCAUCGGGGCCUGGCCCUGGAUGGCCAGCCUCCAGGUCUUCACGUCCCACAAUAACCGAAGGUACCAUGCGUGCGGAGGCACCUUGCUGAACUCCCAUUGGCUGCUUACUGCUGCCCACUGCUUCCUCUCCAAAAAAAAAGUAUAUGACUGGAGACUGAUUUUUGGAGCAAGGGAAAUUGUGUAUGGGAACGAUAAGCCAGCGAAGCCACCUCAACAGGAGAGAUAUGUCGAGAAAAUCAUCAUUCAUGAGAAAUACAUCCCCAGUUUAGAGCACAAUGACAUCGCUCUCAUGAAGAUCACCCCUCCCGUUCCCUGUGGGCAAUUCACCAGUACGGGCUGCCUGCCCCAAUUUAGGGCGGGCCCACCCAGAGUUCCCCAGGCCCGCUGGGUGGCUGGCUGGGGAUUCUUGAAAGAGAAAGCCUACAGGAUCGCACCUACACUGCAGGAGGCCCGUGUGAAGCUCAUCAACCUCGACUUAUGUAACUCCACCCAGUGGUACAACGGGCGCAUUCGUUCAACCAAUGUGUGUGCAAGGUACCCUGAAGGCAAGAUCAACACCUGCCAGCUAUGUGGCCUUGGGAAUAUGGCCAGAGGGUUGUGUGACAAUGAAAUUAGGACAGAUGUGAAGCUUUCAGAGCAGAGCGUGACAUGCCGUACAUGCUUACAGAUGUGGGCUCUAAAGCCAACUGGUGAUGAGAUGCUGGUGAGAUCUCAGCAGGCUGAGAUCUCUGGCCCUGGUCAGGUGUCUCAAGUCCUUGGGGCUUUGGAGCCAUGCUCUGGGGACCGAGUGCGCCGAAGCCAACCUAGGUGGCAGGCUGAGUCCUCCGGCACUGGUCAGGUGUCCCCAGUCCCUAGGGCUUUGGAGCUAGGCCCCUGGGGGGACAGACCCAUCAGAAGCCUCCGUAGGGUCACCAUUAGGGCCUAG